CUUCAUCAUCCCAAGAGCAAUACGGAUCCGAUACGCAAUGCAUAAUGAAACUGUCGUCAACGCAACAGAGAUGAAAGUCUUCACUUCACUUGUUGUCACUCUCUCCAUCAUUAUCAUCAUCGUUAAUAUGGUUAUCAUUAUUGCAGUGGUCUUCACAAAACGAUUGCGGAAUCCAAGGAACUUUGUAGCAGUGUCUUUAUCACUUUCAAACAUCGCGCUGGGAAUACUUGUUUCUGUACAAAUCUUGGUUAAACGACCCCAAACCUCGAGUGGUUGUCUUCUAGCCCAUUCAACAUUACUGAUCUUUGCUUAUUUCCACGUGAAUUGUAUCCUUAUGAUGACGUUAGAGCGUUACACGGCCGUUAUCCACCCAUUCUUUUAUCGAAAGUGGGUCACCAAAAAAAUGUUUGCAGUCGUCAUUCUUACAUCUGUUAUAAUUUGUGUGAUUUUUGGAGCGUAUCCCGUCAUCAAACUUUCGAUAAUUGAAUCAAGAGGAUCGGCAGGCUCGAGCCAUCUUAUGAGCUGCAACUUAGGAGAAGUCUCCCCUGUAAUAUAUGCCGUUUUUAUGACGUGUGUCGGACUGUUAGCACUUGCGCUGAUAACAGGAAUGAAUGUUCGGCUACUAUUGGUAGCUCGAGUCCAUAUUGAAAAGAUGACUUCCAUUCUAAAAGCCACUGGACGCAAGGAUAGUGUGGAAGUAGCAUCAAUGACGAAACAAAAAACAAAAACAACGCUGAUCAUUUCUUUCAUGGUUGUGUACUACACGAUAUCAUGGACACCGGUACACAUUGUUCUUUUACUAUCGUAUCUCAAUGUUACCUCGAACCAAUUAUCGUUAUUGAUUGUGUUCACGAUUGCAUUUAGCUCUCUUGUGAUCAGCUCCAUAAUUUAUGGUAUCGUGUACAAAGAAUACAGGACUGCAUUCUUAGGCUUAUUCUGUAAGAGAUCUGAUUCCAGUCAGGCGGGGGUAGAGAUUAAUGUGCUAUCACGGUAUUAGGACAUUUUAAAACUUCAAGUAUACCCCCCUCUUUAAAAACUGU